AACAUUGGUUUCCAUUUUCUUCUCCCUCUCUCUCUCUCUAGAGAAGAUUUUCGGUGUUGGGAAAAGAAGACUAAAAUCUACUGACUUCUCCAUUUCUUCUUUUCAUUCUUCUAAAUUGGGUGGUCGUAGAAAGAGAAACCCUUAAGACUAAUCAAAGAUGCAUUCUUUUGGGUACAGAGCGAAUGCAUUACUAACGUUUUCAGUAACAAUAUUAGCUAUUAUGUGUACUAUGGGUUCUCUCUCUGAUAAUUUCAAUAAUCCAACACCCACAUCUGAAGUCCAAGUGUUGAAUAUUAAUUGGUUUCAGAAACAACCUAAUGGAAACGAUGAGGUCAGCUUGACUUUGAAUGUAUCUGCAAAUUUGCAGUCCAUGUUUACAUGGAACACGAAACAGGUUUUUGUUUUUCUAGCAGCUGAGUAUGAAACUCCUAAGAAUAAUCUCAAUCAGGUAUCUCUUUGGGAUGGGAUUAUACCAUCUAAAGAGCAUGCAAAGUUUUGGAUGCACACGACAAACAAAUACCGUUUCACUGACCAGGGAAGCAAUCUCCGUGGGAAAGACUUCAAUUUGACACUACACUGGCAUGUUAUGCCCAAGACCGGUAAGAUGUUUGAAGACAAAAUAGUCAUGACCGGAUACCGCCUACCUCAAGAAUACAGAUAAGGGAUGGUUUCGAUGUUUUAGGUCUAGUAAUAUUUUUUUCUUUGUGUUCUUAUUUAUGAAGGAUACAAAUCGUUUAGUUAGGACCAAAAACAGUUACAAACAGAGGCAUACAUUUUUAGAUACAGAAGAACUGAAGAAAGUUUUUCCUUUGCAGAGAUUUUCAUUUCCCCCAUCAUUUUUAAUGUCAUUAUAAUUGCUCUAUUACUCUAUUAUAUAUACGGCGAAACAGCUGGUUAUAUUGAUGGAUAGUUGCUAACAA